AAUGUUUUCAUAAUAACAAUCACAGUGCGAUAUUAUCAUUAUCAUUUUAGUUUAUUUUCCAGCAGUGACUGGAAGCUCCACUCACUUGUAGUGGGCUGGUUGUUCACCUCCAUUCUGCUAGGGGACAGCACUGCUGCGACGAAGGAGGAAGCAAAACCAGCUGAUAGACGGAAACCCUACAGUCAGCCGAAUUAUUUUUCCUAGGACGGCGAAGUCAUGACCCGCCCUACGCUGCCUCUGAUUGGCUAAUACUCGUUACCUUUGUUGAUUGGAUUGGUUAGAAUUUCACGUUAAGCCAAUCGGAGGCAAAGUGGGGUUACGCUCUUACCUCGCCAUCCUAGAUUAUCAAAAAAUCACUACCGUAAGCAGUUAACUUAGCAUUGUAGUUGUAGCGGACAGCAGUGUUAAAACUUUGUGACGUUUUUUUAAAAUAUAAAAUAUACCUGUAAAUUAGGUGGAGAUGGCUGACGGCAGUGAGAAAGACGACAUGUUUGACAGCAUUAUUAUGGCGGAUGAGAGGUUCCGCGGGGACGGGUACCAGGAGGGCUUCGAGAGAGGCACCCGCAGAGGGCUGCAGGACGGCCGCAGACACGGGGCCUCUCAUGGGGCCAAACUGACCACUGAGAUUUCCUUCUAUUACGGUUUCGCCAUCACAUGGAAAUGUCUCCUACAACACAAUACAGACGUCAAAUCAAGGAAGCGUCUGAAAACACUGGAGACUCUGCUGAGUUUGAUCCAAAACUCUCCUUAUGAUGACGCUCAGUCUGCAAGUCUGCAGAAGGACGUGGAGAAGCUGCGAGCCAAGUUCAGACAGGUGUGCUCCAUGCUCAGCGUCCCCACCGACUUCAAAGACUACGUCAAAACAACAGAGGGAACUUCUUUCUGAAUGUCUGCUGCUGCUGUAGAUGAUGAUGAUGAUGAUGAAGAGCAGAGCUGUCCCCUGCGUUCAGGACACGCAGACAAAGCCGCCUGUUUUCGGAUGGUCCGCGAUGUCAGACAGACGGCAGCUGCUGAUUGGUCUGCAGUGAUGGGUUUGGAGUGUGAAGCAGUGACUGUGAGUUUGAGAGGAAAUCUUUGCCUGACGCGUUGAAGAGUGAUGACAGCGCUGCAGGAAACCUGCGUGGUCAUUAAAGUGCACACGUUAGGAGACGUCUCCUAAACAAGGGAGCAUGUGUGAUAGACAGAAUGAUCCAGAAACUGAGUUUAGGAAAAAGAAAGAAUGAUGUUUCUCGGUUGGUUAAAGAGUGGAUUCAUUUCACUGCUUGUUGUGUUUGAGGGAAUUAAUUGAAAAUGAAGAAAGUAAUAAACAAUAUCAACCAAAGAUGAGUUCUGUAAGGUGAUGUUUACAGAAGAAAGACACAAAUAAAAUGUUAAAACAUGA